AAUCAAACAUUUAAAGUAUUGAGUUUGAACUUCAUUUUAUAGUUAUUUUUUAAUUAAAUUACUAUUUACUGUAUUACAAACAAAAAGCAAUUUUUUGAAGUAUAAUAAAUAUUGUAAAUAGUUUUUGUCAAAUAAAAUAAAAAUGACUUCAAUUUUUCUGAAACUUAACUGGAAUUACAUCCGAAAUAAUAUACAAAGUGUUGUCUUUUUGUGGUUAUUAAUAGUAUUUAAUUUGAUUUUAUUCAUUUAUCGGGCCUAUGAGUACCGACAGUCGGGAUGGCUAGUAAUGAUGGCCCGGUCUAAUGGCCAGUGCCUUAAUUUUAUGUGUGCCUUCAUAAUAGUAUGUGUGCUGAGAAAAUCCAUUACAAAGUUGAGAUCAAUUGGAUUGAGUGAAUUUCUGCCACUCGAUCAUUACGUUUAUUUUCACAAACUGAUGGGUUGGCUCAUUGUCUUCUACAGUAUCUUUCACACUGUAAUGCAUGUCAUGAACUUCAGAUAUCUGUCCCAAACGACACCCAUUUCUUGGUCACAGUAUUUGUUUUCUACAAGACUUGGCAUUGGAUGGAUUGGUGGGGCCGCGUGUCUAACUGGAUGGUUAUUAUUGAUUAUACUAAUGGUAAUGAUGAUACCGGCGCAACCAUUCAUGAGAAGAUCUGGUUAUUUUGAAGUCUUUUAUUAUUCACAUCUACUUUAUAUACCAUUUUAUAUUUGUCUCUUCAUUCACGGCCCGAAAUUUUGGAAAUGGUUUUUAUGUCCACUAAUUGUGUUUGUGAGCGAAUGGAUAACUAGGAUAACCAAGACUUGGUCGGGUGAUCGCGGCCUUACUUACAUUGAACAGGGAGUUGUAUUGCCCUCCCGUGUUAUUCAACUAAUUGUUAAACGUCCGGUUAAUUUUUAUUUCCGACCCGGAGAUUACAUUUAUGUUCAAAUCCCUACUAUUACACCCUAUGAAUGGCAUCCAUUGACUAUUAGUAGUGCACCCGAACAAUCAGAUAUUCUUUGGCUUCAUAUCCGUGCUGUGGGUGAAUGGACUAAUCGUUUACAUAACUACUUUAAUACUGAGGGAACCAUUAAAGCUAGUCUUAUAUUAGAAAAGCGAAUCUCUCAGAUAAGCACCAGAAGUUCAAUUGAAAAUAGUAGUAAUCGUAUUGUUGAUGAUAAUGACGAUACAAAUCAUUCACCACUUAGAAGAACUAAAAGUUCUAUUACUUUGAAUACAAGACAAACCCAAUCGUUGAACAAUCUAUAUAUGAAUGCUAAGGUUAUGGUACUCCCUGUGCCCGUUGACUGUAAUGAGUUUGGUUGUGGAAAACUAGCAUUAAUUGAGAGGAAAAAGAAAGACAUUGAAAUGGCUGCUUCUCCUAUCAAUAAAGUAUCGUUUAGAUCACUGACCAAAUUAAGAUCUUCGCCAACAAAAGAUAUUAUCCUAAAGAAUGCCAUAAUUUUAGACAAACCAUUGAAAGUACGUUUGGAUGGACCGUAUGGAUCGCCCUCUUCUCAUAUUUUUCAUACACAACACGCUAUACUUAUAGCCACAGGUAUUGGAGUGACACCGUUUGCCAGUAUAUUACAGUCAAUUAUGCUCCGAUACAUUGAGGCUAAACGUGACUGUCCAAAGUGUGCUCACAGUUGGUCUGAUCCUAUACCACCUAAUGUUAUGAAACUUAAAAAAGUUGAUUUCAUGUGGAUUAAUAGGGAUCAGACAAGUUUUGAAUGGUUUGUCACACUGUUGUCUGAGUUAGAGAAACAACAAGAGGAGUGGCGCGAAACAGAAAGGUUUCUCGAUAUACAUAUGCAUAUAACUCAAGGAACUUAUCAGCAAAGGAGGUCCAGUAUUCAGGUGACCGGUCCUAUCAGUAACGAAACUCAAGACAUGAGAGCAGCCCUCACAUGGCAUAAGGGAAGACCCGAUUGGAACAAAUUCUUCAAAAAUAUGGCCGAUAAGAAAAAAGGUAGAAUUACUGUGUUUUUCUGUGGCCGACCAGAUCUGGCCCGAAGUCUCCGACAUAUUUGCACUCAAUUUGGAUUUCAGUUUAGAAAAGAAAUAUUUUAGUUAUUUUUAAUGAUAUUUACUUUUAUAUAAU